AUGAAUGUUAUUAUUCGAUCAUAUUUUAUGUUUGGGGAUGACGAUACUGCUCAAUUUGAUGGAAGUUAUUUGUGUAUUGGAAUAGAAAUGAUUUGCAUGCAACAGAUGAAGAUUUUUGAACAAUCAAAGUCAUUUUCCGUUGCAUUUUCAGACCAUUUAUUUGAGCUGUUUAACAUCAAGGAAAAUAAUCACAUCGUCAGCAUCAAUACGCAACAAAAUUCAACAGCAUCACAUUCUAACAACAAGGAUAUCACAAACAAACACACAGCAAUCAACCACACCAUUCAGUACAUCAUUUAUCUGCAAUUGCCUUUCACUCACUUCAAAGAAAACUCUUCACACGCAUUCGGCUGUUCACCAGCCGCAUAUUUGCUCCCUGUGAGUAUUCCUAUUUAA